AUGCCAGGCUUGAUCAGCAUCCCCCCUUUCCCGGAGGAUGUGCCUACGCAUCCUCUGCUUGUCGUGGACUACGGGCUUAUCAGAGCUCGAGAUGAAGCGGAGAUCAACAAGCUAUGGAAGGCUGCCAGAGAACUCGGCUUCUGGUACCUGAAGAAUCAUGGCGCCGACGAAGAAGUCAAUGCGAUGUUCGACAUGGGUGAAAUCACAAUGGCGCUACCUCUCGACGAGAAGAUGAAGUAUGAACAAGGGGAUGAUGGGGUGUCCUUCGGAUACAAGGCCGCCGGUGUAAAUGCUAUAGAUGAGAAGGGCAACCUCGAUUGCACAGAAUUCAUCAACGUCUCCAAGGACGACGCGCUCGCUUUUCCAACUCCCGUCCACCGCGCAUACCCAUCGACCGUAACAGACCGGAUGGAUACCGCUGUCAUACCGUUCGUCAAGAAAUCCCUCGAAGUCAAUAACAGUUUGCUGGCAAUCUUGAACGAGAAGCUCGGCUUACCGCAAGACACCCUGGCCAAAUUGCACAGAGAAGAGGAAAGAAGUGGGUGUGUCGCCCGGGUCAUCAGGACCCCUCCGAAGGAGGGCGAGUUUGACGAAGCGAAGGCCGUGCUGUCUUCGCAUACCGACUUCGGAUCGCUCUCAUUCUUGCACAACCGGCUCGGCGGCUUGCAAGUAUUGGCACCUGGAAGUGAGAGGUGGCAAUACAUCAAGCCACUGCCAGGGCAUGCGAUCUGCAACAUCGGUGAUUCCUUGCAUAUCUUCAGCGGCGGUGUUCUGAGGUCAAACAUGCAUCGCGUCGUUCCUCCGCCCAAGGAGCAGGCAAGAUACGAGCGGUACUCUCUCGUAUUUUUCACGCGUGCCAGCGACGACGUCGAACUGCGUGCGCUUGCCAAGGAGAGCGCAGUUAUUGCAGACGCUGUGGAAAAGACACCAAACGCGAAGACCAGGUUCUACCCGGGGGCAACGGCUCAGGAAUGGUUGACGCGGAGAGUUAAAAACCAAAGAUUCAAGAACUUCAAGUGGUCUCCCUGGGCAGGGCCCGGACAGCGUUAA